AUGCUGUUAGGUGCUAUGGUCGCUCAACAUCCCGAUCACAGCCCCCAAAUCGCAGAUCUCGCUAGUAUUAACGAGAUCCCUGGAAACAUGCCUGCUCCAUCAAAGGAGAACAAGAAGGCCGAGGCCAAUGGCCAGGCCGCCGCUGCCAAUGGCAACAUCCCUCCUCCCAAAACUGAUAAGCCGAGACCACACGUCUGUACCACUUGCGGUCGCUCAUUUGCCCGAUUGGAGCACCUGAAGCGCCAUGAACGUUCCCAUACCAAGGAGAAGCCGUUUGAAUGCCCCGACUGUGCACGAUGCUUUGCCCGCCGCGACCUCUUGCUGCGACACCAGCAGAAGCUACACAUGACCUCCACUCCAUCCUCCCGACCCCGAAAUGGUCGUCGUGAGAGUACUUCUGGAGCCCCGGCUGGUGCGGGGGCCAAUCGGGUGCGCAAGAACUCCAUCGCUAACAACUCAUCAUCAUCAUCAAUGCGCCCCAGGGCCAACACUAUCAGUCACAUUGGUGGAUCCGCCUUAGGACUGGCCGAGGGAACUAACCCAUCCUCCGCCCCGAGCCAAUCGGGUCAUGCAUACCACCCAAGUCUAGGAUCGUCGGUCGGAUCAAGCAUUGACUACAGGGGUUUCAGCUCAGGACAUCCUCCCGUGAAUGGAUUGGCUAAGCUUGAAACAUCUGGACUCCCGCUGGACAUGUCUGGUGGUCUUCGGACGGCUCCCGUUUACGGGAGCUUCGACUUGGGCAUUGAUGGUAUGCUGAUGGGUCAUGGCAGCACAAUCAAUCCCGCACAACUUCAUUUCGCAGGUUCUCCCCAGGGCUUUGGUGACUCCCCAUCCUCCCCAUUCGGCCACAAUGCCCACGGUAUGCACCCCGCAGCGGAUCCCAUGAUGGACGAGGACAUGAAUUUCGACUGGAUGAAUGGGUUCGACGCGGCUGUGGCGCUUGGAAAUGGUAACGACUCGGUCAUCGAUGAGUCGUCACCCUCAGCGAUGAGCACGGGUAGCCAAAGUGGGAUCAGCGAAGCCAUGCUGGAUGGUCCUAACCGCAUUCCCAUAUCCAACGGUUGGCACAACCCGUUCCCCGCACACCACGCCGCCGCCAACCAAUUCGCCAUCGACUUCUCCCCAAACACCCUCAACGAAUUGGGCAUCGCCCCAGAGACCGUGUCGCCUAAGUCGCUGAUGGCUCAGAAUCCAUUUGCUGAAACCUACGCCACUCCUCCCUCCAUGACCUCGGUCGGCCAACCCAUCGUGGGAGGACAUUCGCAGAGUAUGUUUCCAUCCUCAACAAGCGGAGAAUCUCCUAAUCCUCUCAACGUUCCUUUCCCGAAUAGUGCCCUACGAAGUCAACAUUCCCCAGUCUCAACGGAUACAUUUACAGACUCCACACGACAGGCUCUAUUAGCGAGCAUGUCGCAACCCACUGGCUUCAAUCACCGCAAGUAUUCCCAGCCCGCGAGCGGCCUCCUCAAUAGCCGUGAGUUGUUCGCCCGCUCGAAUGGUUUCAACAGCACUGGUCAAUUACCAAGCACUUCGGAUAUGCAGCGGUACAUUUCGGCCUACAUCACCUAUUUUCAUCCUCACUCGCCUUUUCUCCACAUCCCAACCCUCAAUUUCCAGGCCCCAGAGUAUACCAACAACUUGCGAACACCUAGCGGGCAUCUCAAUCUCUGUUCCACCGGAGUUGCAGGUGGUGGAGGCUGUCUGAUACUUUCGAUGGCAGCCAUCGGUGCACUCUACGAAUAUGAAGCUGCCGCUUCCAAAGAUCUUUUCGAAGCAGCGAAGAAGAUGAUACAAUUAUAUCUCGAAGAACGACGCAAGGCCGACAUGUCCGCCGCGCUAAGUCGUUCAAGUUCUCAUCGGGAUAGCUCAGUCCACAACACUCCGCUCUGGCUGGUGCAAGCGAUGCUACUCAAUGUAAUCUACGGUCACACCUGCGGUGAUAAGACUUCCGCGGAUAUCGCCAGCACGCAUUGCGCUGCACUGGUUAGCUUGGCACGAGCAGCAGAGUUGACACAUCAUCUGGACCCGAAGAACCUGCCGCAAGAUCACCUAAAUGCAAACUUCAACAUAUCCGACUCAGACUCCGCCGAUAACGAGAACUGGUCAUCAUCAUCGUACAACCAGCCGAAGGAGAGACGCGACUGGUUAAAUUGGAAGGUAGUCGAAGAACGCAAGCGCACCCUCUAUGCCAUCUUUGUUCUGUCCAGCUUCCUCGUCUCUGCAUACAACCACGCACCUGCCCUGACAAAUUCCGAGAUAAGACUCGAGCUUCCUUGUGAAGAGGAUCUCUGGGCUGCCGAGUCCCCACAGGCAUGGAAAAAGAUGGGAGGACACACGUCUUCUAUGCAGAGCGUGUCUUUCUCUUCCGCCCUCACAUCUCUCUUAACCGCCAGCCAACGAGAGCAACAACAGCAAUCAUCGAAUCUCUUCUUCAGCGAGGAUCCUUCAAACCCAGAAAGUCGGCCUAGUACCUUUGGCUGUCUUGUUUUAAUUUACUCUUUGCAUAAUUAUAUCUGGGAAACCCGGCAACGACACAUGGGCCGACAAUGGACCGCACAAGAAACUGAAGCCAUGCAAUCGCACAUCGAGCCGGCUUUACGAGCGUGGCAAGCAGCGUGGGCAGGAAAUCCUGUUCACAGCCUCGAGCGACCCAACCCCUUUGGCGCCGGUCCAUUGUCAGCAGACAGCAUCCCCUUACUGGAUCUAGCCUAUGUUCGAUUAUUCGUCAACCUGGGUCGAACUAAGGAGGCCUUCUGGCAGCGUGAUUGGAACGGCAUGGCAGACGAGCUUGCGCGAGGUACGGAAGUCUUCCACCAGGUCGACACAGCCAUGAGCGACGCAGUUGAUUCAGCGCUGGGCUCAAUGGGUAAUCGUCACGAGUCGAUCAACGACCUCGGUGUCGGCGAUCUAGCCAUCUCACAAACCCCGACCCAAGACCAAUCUAUGCAAUCUCUUUCCAGCGUGUACAAGAACGGCCAAUCCAAACGUGAAAAGCAUCUCCGAAAAGCAGCUUUUUACGCUGCUGAUUCCAUCUCCAUGUCCGAUCGACUCGGCAACACCUUUGCCGAAUUCUCAUCACGAGAACUUCCCAUUCAGUGCGCUAUGUGCGUCUUCGACUGCUCACAAGUACUGGCGGAGUGGAUCACAACCGUUCAAGAACGCGUGGGCCCAUACCUGGGUAUCCUUGGCCGCGAGGAUGUCGACCUCACCCAGGUGCCUGGGGUAAUGCUGCUCGAGGAUGAAGAUUGCAAGCUGGUGGAUAAAAUCACGGAGAUUCUCAGUAGCAUUGAAACGAAGAUGCGGCGCCAGGUGCAGAAUAGCAAUUCUAUGUCUGCCCUUAGUGUGAUGCAACGAUUGCCCAGUGUGGUGGAAGGUGGAUACGGAUGUAAAAUAUUGAUUGCGACAGCGAGCUUAUUGGAUCGAGCUGCUGUUUGGCCAGUGACGAAAUUAAUGGCCCGCUCCCUAGAAGCUCAGGCUAUGCGAAUGAAAGAACGAGCUGAACACUCCGUUAUGAUGACCACUUAA